CGUAGUCCCGCAUCUUGCGCUUUAGCAGUGGCCGCGACAACGCGAAGCAAACACGCCUUGUUCUCUAUGGAGACGAGGCCGAUUUGGAUCGUAAAUGAGAACCCGUUGGUGCCAGAACCGAUUGUAAAGAAGGAUGCGACGCGAUGUGUUAUCGUUCACAAUUAUGAGGGUUCUUUGCUUUAUUUUCACUUCUGGGAAGAGGAAAUGCUCGAACAGUUGCACUUGAUGCAAUUUCAAGUAGAUCACAUUAGGUACUUUUACUGUUCUUGUUUCAACAUAGUUUUUUAUCUAAGAUGGCGGCCAGACACAUAGUUUUUUAUCACCUUUCUACGCGGAUCCAGACAGGCUGCCUGCCAGCAUUCAAUGCUCAGUUCCUGUCUACAGGAGCGCUGCAGAUGAUGAACCAGGAGGACCUGGUCGGCGUGGGAAAGUAGAGAAAACUACCGCGAAGAAAGGAGAAAGAAGUAACAAGGCUGAAGAAAAACGAGGUAAAAAGAAAGGCGACGAUGGUGCUGAAGCUGAACAAGAACAAGUAGACAAAGAAAACAAGAAGGCUCUAGCUACUAGUGAUGACGAUGGG